UCCCUUUCAUCAGUUGAGAUUUUUUAUGAAAAAGAUGAGCAAAAUAAUCAGCUAAUUUUUCAUUUUUUGUUUUCAUUAUAGGAUAAAAAUAUUUUCAAAUAUUUGGAAUAAAAUAUGUGAUUUAUGGUUCUUUAGAUACGAUUCAAUUUGAGAAAACAAAAAAAAAGGAAUUUGUAAGCAAUGGCUAGUAAAACCAACAAAGAUUUGAUAAUUGAGAUUCUCUUGAGGCUGCCGGUGAAAUCACUUAUACGAUUGAAGUGUGUAUGCAAAUAUUGGUCCACUCUGAUUAGGGAUUUUAAUUUCAUUUCCAUGCAUUUCCACCAUCCUAGCAACAUUGAUCAUCUCUUUGUUCAACAUUACGAUUAUAGCACGGAAAAAUAUACUUUCGCCUUGUUCCCAGAUGAAACGCUUGCUAACUCAUGGGUUGAUUAUCACAAUCUCGGUGAUCUUCAAAUGCCCAAUCAACCAGGCAUUCUUGGUAUCUUCCAUGGCAUAAUCGGUCUUUGGGAUUGUAAUCGCAUAGUUUUGUGGAACCCUGCCAUUAGAGAAUUCAGGGUCCUCAUUAUACCAAUACCCGACCUUCCACCUGAUUAUUACAUCUUCAAACAUUUUGCAGGAUUUGGAUUGGAUCCCAACACCAACAACUACAAGGUUGUAUGGAUUUGGGAAUAUGGGGAUGAAGAGUAUGACCUUCGUAGAGUUGUUGCAGUAUAUAACUUAUAUGCUGAUUCUUGGAGAGUUUUUAAAGUUGAUUUGCCCUCGAAUAUUGUGCAUGAUCUUUCAUCUAACACAUAUAUGGAUGGAUGUAUUCAUGAUUCUUCAUCAAACACAUAUUUGAAUGGAUUUUAUUAUUGGAUGGCCGAUUACAAUUACCUUAUAACUAUCCUUACAUUUGACAUGGAUAAAGAGAUUUUUGGAGAUAUACCAGGGCCUCCACUUACCAAAUAUAAUUAUGGGGAUAUAGUCUUGCACAACAAUUCUAUUACUUUGAUUCAUUGGGAUCUUCGAGAUGUUGAGAAAUGCUUAGACAUAUGGGUGAUGAAAGAGGAGAGGUUCUGGACCAAAGAAUUAACUAUUGGACCUCUUCUUGAUGUUGAUAGGCCCCUUGGUUUAUGGAAAAAUGGUGAGGUAUUCCUAGAAACUAACACGUCGGAGUUGGUUUUAUACAAUUGUUACACCCAAGAAAUGAAGGUUUUUCAAAAUCGUGGAAACCAUGAUGAUCUUAGGACUUUUAUCCACGAUGCUCUUAAGACUUUUAUCUACAAGAAGAGCUUAGUUUCCGUUAAGAGAGCAAACGAAUGUCACGAAGGGAAUAAUGUGUUCAAUAUGGCUCUAAUUCAAGAUUUUUUCCCAUCUCUUUAUUUCGUGCUAUAUGCAACUCAUCUUCGAGGAUCUGGUGGUUUCUUUGGAGGUCAAAUCACUGACUCUAGAAGCUCCCAUUCAGCGGCAACUCUUCUAGCAUUGAAGGUGUCAGAAAUUGUUGAUGAGAGAAUUUUGGUGCGAAUUGCUUCUAAAGUAAGGUGGAGCAAAGAGUUAGCACUGCGAGAUUUCUUCUUGAAGAUUCUCAUAUUCCUCUCAAUCCAGAUGUUAUAG